UUCCUCCUCCCCAGAGAGAGAGAGAGAGAGAGAGAGAGAAAGACGGAGAGAGGGAGUGUUUUUAAAACCAGACAACUUUAAGAAGACUUGGAGCAGUAUAGUCCUGUACUCUUUCUCUUCCACCUGUGGCAGACUUAAAGCAUUCAACAGAAGCCCGUUUAGAAAGCAUCAUCACUGAAAUCAUCCUGGCAUCAUUCAACACCAGUCCCAGCUAAAUUUGUAUUUAAAGUACAAGGUUGACCAUAAAAAAAGACAUGAGGGUGCAAACUUUCUCAAGAGCGCAAAUUCUACAGGAGUUUAGUUUUCGAUGCCAGGCACUUGCAGCCAAUGACAACAGAGGCUUUAAACGGGAGUUUGAGGAGCUAAAUGAAGUUGGCAAAGACCUCCAAACCAGAGUGGGGGACUCGGAGGCCAACAGAGAAAAGAACAGAUACCCCUUCAUAUUGCCAUAUGACCACUGUCGGGUGAGGCUGUCUGUUCAAAACUCCCAUCCACAUACCGACUACAUCAAUGCAAAUUUUGUGCCUGGUGGAGGAUCAGAAAGAGACUUCAUCUGUACCCAGGGUCCUUUGCACAACACCAUGGCUGACUUCUGGAGGAUGGUGUGGGAGCAAAACGUCAGGAUAAUCGUCAUGGUGACAGCUCUGAGACACAAGGACAUAGUGCUGUGUGAUCUGUAUUGGCCUCUGGAACAAGGGACAGUUUAUCAUGGACUGAUCCAAGUGACGACAGUGACCCGCAAACAAGGUCCAGAUUAUUUUAGCACCACCAUUAACCUCAGACAGAGAGAUUGUCCAACAGACCGGAUAAUCACACACUACUAUUACCCUUCCUGGCCAGACCAGGGCAUCCCUAAAAAAUCAUCUUCACUCUGUGCCUUCACUGAGCAUGUGCGGCAGCAUUUGGAAACCAGUCCUCGCCUGGGGCCAGCUGUGGUGCACUGCAGUGCAGGUGUUGGGCGUUCAGGGACAUUUGUGACAUUGUUGUGGCUGAUGCAGCUUUGUGCGAGGGGCAUCCGGCCUGAUAUCCGGGCUGCUGUGGAGGACCUACGGCUACAUCGAAUGUGGAUGGUCCAGAAUCUGGAGCAGUACAUAUUUGUUCAUCAGUGUUUGCUACACUGGCUCAGUGGAGGAACCUCAACAUGCAGCCCACAAACUCAGGGAGCCAGUUCAAAUAUUAACCAGCGCAUUGAGGAUCGAUCCCACAGCUCCUCAGCACGGGGAAACCGAGCAGGGAGGAGGAGACACCACCAUCAUCGACAGACACCUCCGUCAGACCAACCACAGAACACAGUGCAGCAGAUUUUACACCCUAGGAACCUACUGAGGAGGUUACUACCUUCAUCAUCACUAUUUAAGCCAGACUCACAUGCCUCUUGAACUCAUAUACUGUGAAACUGAUGAUGUAAAAAACAAGCAAGGUACUGGGUUAUAAACAAAAAAGCCCUCAUACAGUAUCAGAAUCAGAAAUACUUUAUACUUAAUGUACCUGAGAAGGAAGGAGAAAGACUGCAGAAAUAAUGCUGUGUAUGCUGUAUUACAAGCCCUGCAGGCAGAAAACUGGUCUUACGAGCACGACUGCUGGUAAAGAAACCACAGACGCAGCAGUUCAUAUUGUUAUCAGAAAGGAAAAUUAAGAAAAGAACCUGCCAUUCAGGGAAAACUGGUUCCUCUACUGUGACUUACCAUGAGAUUAAUGAGAACAAUGAUGAGGCUGCCAACUAUGUGUGCAGUUAAACACUGAGGAUGAUACUCAGUCGGGUCACUUAAAACAGAAAACACUCAUGUGAACCCAAAGUGCCUCCUGUGUACAGCUAAUGAAUGUUUGGACAAUUAAUUGUUUUUGUAACUUUGUUUUGCCUCCACUACUGAUAAUUAUGUUGUGAAAUGACUUUUAUUUAGGGUUUUUUGUUUGAAAAAUCAUUGUGCACCAUUUUAUAUUACACAAUGCAGGCUCAGUACUUAAGGAUGCAUGUGCAGGAUUGAUAGCAGACUUGCUAGAAAGGCAGACACAUGGUACAGUGGCUGUACAAAAAAGGUCAUGUUUCAAAAACACACAGGCACUGCCAUUCUCCUUAGAUGACUGAAACCUAUUACAGUACAUGAAGGAGCUAUGAGUAUUAUACAUUAUAGAACAUUAAGGGCUAACCCACUUUUUAGAGUCUUUCAUCUGUCAUGUAAUAAACAUGUAUGAUACAAUA